CCCAUCUUCUCUCUUCUACAAAGAUUAAUGACAUGGCUACUAAACCAACUAUCGUACCGCUCUACAUCAACGGCAAACACAUUGUCUCGUCCUCCACCGCCGCCGCGCGUCGUCUGGUCCCUGUGAUUUCGAGCUCGAGAAUCGCAAAGGGCCAGGACGGCGUAGUCCACCACGCGCAGGGCGCCACCGUCGAGCAGGCUCUCGAGGCAGCGAAAGCGGCAAAGGCUGCGUUUCCAGCGUGGAGGAAGAGUUCGGUCGAGGAUCGCCGCGAUAUAUUGCGAGGGGCGGCGGAUUUGCUGGAGAAGCGCAGGGAGGAGGGUAUUGAGAUUUCGAUGCUUGAAUCUUGUCCAGAGAAAAAUUACGCUACCUUCAUCUACGACAUGACCGUCGCCCACGUGAAAGAAUGGUCAACAGCCCUCGCAUCCGCUCUGCGUCCCACCAUCCCGGUUUCAGACGAACAUGGCUGUUUCCCAAUCAUCUUUCGUGAGCCCGUCGGACCUGUGCUUGGCAUUGCUCCCUGGAACGCGCCGUCGAUUCUUGCCAUGCGCAGCUUCGCUAUCCCGAUUGCUGCUGGGUGUCCUACUGUUUUUAAGACCUCUGAACUCUCCCCGGCUACUCAUAUGCAUGUAGCCCAGUCUCUCAUCGACGCCGGCCUCCCCGCAGGUGUAUUGAACGUGGUCCACUCGCGCUUCGAAGACUCCGCCGACAUCGUCAGCUCGCUCAUCUCCAGCCCCGAGAUCCGGAAAGUGAACUUCACCGGAUCGACCGCUCUCGGCCGCCAACUUGGCGUCGAGGCCGCGAGGAACCUGAAGCCGAUCCUACUCGAGCUGGGUGGCAAGGCUUCCGUUAUCGUGCUCGAAGACGCCGACCUUGCGGAGGCGGCUAAGCAGAUCUUGAUUGGCGCGUGGAUGAACCAGGGUCAGAUCUGCAUGAGUACCGAACGGGUGUUUGUGCAGAGCAGCGUGUAUGAUAAGCUUAUUGACCAGAUCAAGAUCACGGCAAAGCAGCUCGAGCCGGCGUUUGGCGGCUACCCGCAGGCGGCAGAGCGCUACGCCAAACGGAUCAACGGGAUGGUCAGGAACGCUGUCAACGAGGGCGCCGAGCUGGUUCACGGCAAUCUCGACCUUUUGACAGGCACCACGCUAACCCCUACGGUUCUGACGAACGUGAACCCAAAGUCGGAGAUCUACACUGAUGAAACAUUCGGGCCAACUGUUUACAUUCAGAAAAUGGACACCGUGCAGGAAAUGAUCGAUGCUACGAAUGCGAGCGAUUAUGGUCUUACAGCUGGUUUGUGGACUAAGGAUAUGGUUCGUGGCCUGAAGAUCGCGCGCCAGAUCGACAGCGGUGCUGUGCACAUCAACGGAAUGACUGUACACGAUGGACCUACUCUCCCGCACGGAGGAGUGAAGAAUAGUGGAAUCGGUAGAUUUGGCGCCGAAUGGGGAAUUCAGGAAUUUACCCAGACGAAGACGGUCCGUAUGAACGGCUUUGAUAGCGCUGUCUUCUAAGUGUGAUGAUUAAUUUGUGAAUGAAUUAAAAUAAACUAAAGUUACCUUCAAAACAAUAUACAAGACAUAAU